AUGAUGCAUUUAGAUAAUCGUAUUUCAUCAUCAUCGUUAUGUAGUAUUAAUCGACCAGGAUUCGGUCAAUUAGAACGUGUACAAUUAACAUCGUACUCAAUAAAUGUUCAAUUUAAAAAUCUAUUUUCUAAUUUACCAUGUACAUCAAUACAUAUCGAAGCUGUAAUAACAAACAUUCAUACAAAUAAACUUGAAGAAAAAAUUGAAAAUAUUCAAACAAAUACAGUUCAUUUCGAUCAAUUAUUUCCUAAUGAAAACUAUUCAAUAAUAAUCAAAAUAUCUGAUGAAAAAAAUUCUCGUCUUUUACCAACACAUAUUUUUCAAACACUUCAAUCAUCAGAUCGAAAUACUGUCAUUAUAACAAAUGAAGAUCUUUUAGUAGUUGAACAAAUUGAAUCAUUUAUUCUUCCACAUACACAUCUUUAUAUUGUGACAUUACCAUCUCAAACACGUCGAGCAACUAUUCUGGGAAAUAUAUCUCUUUCAUAUACUAUCAAUCAAAAACAAUAUGAAUCCUAUCAUAUUGUCAAACCAUUAGAUAAUAAUAUUAUUUCUCGUAUUGGUCGAAUAACAGCAAAAACAAUUGUAUUUUCUCUUGAAUUACCAAAUGAAAAUACGAGUUUUAUUGAAUAUACAAGUACGAUUCAAUUAUUCUUUUCCAAUGAUCAAAGGCAAUCAAUAGUUGAUUAUCCUGUUAUUGUCAAAUAUCCUCAACAAAUACUUGUAGAUUUUCUACCAAUAUCUACACGAUCAAUACGUGCAGUUAUACAUCAUUUAUGUUUAUCUUAUAUUGAGGUCAAAGCAAUUGUUUAUAAUAAUUUAAAAAUUAUAUCUCGUGGUCAAUGUGAUAUAAAUAAAAAAGAAAAUUCUUUACUUGAUAUAACAAAUGGGCAAUGUUCAAUUUUAUUUGAUAAACUUCAACCUGAAGAAAAUUAUUUAUUAUCAAUACGUGCUACAUGUCCAAUAACAACAUCAUCAUCAUCCUAUGUUUUUUAUGAUCGUACUCGAGUUUUUCCAUUUCAAACAACAAGUGGAUUACCAGAUGAUCUACCAGUUAUUUUAACAUUUUUUAAUCAAAAUAGAACAUUAUCAUGGGCAAAUCCAUCAACUAAUAUGUCGUAUCUUGGUCCUGAUUAUUAUUAUGAAUUAUUUACAAAGUAAAUUAAAUUUCUAAGAAUAGAAAAAUCUAUUUUUGUGUAGCUCAAUUGAUUCCUAUAUAUAUAUAGAAGUUUCGAAUUAGUUAUUUCCGUUUUGUAAUAAUUAAUUUCAAUAGAAGAAUGACUGUACUUUAAGGGGAUUGUUGACCUUAGCGUGGGGAAAACUCAAGAGUGCCUAUAGAAAUAGUUUUUGUGUGUAAGUUUGAUUCUAUGACAGGAAAUAAUGUGUAUAUGUAAUUAAAAAAGAAAUAAAUGCGCUAGUAUGGAUACAGAAAGUCCAUCAAUAUGAUGGAUAUAAACAACCGUUAGUGAUAUUGGAAUGUGAAAUAUGAUGGAAUUACAUUUGUUACCAAUAAUGAGGCUUGAUGUAUUGUCAAUGUAUAUUCUCUAAUGCCAAAUAAGUU